UCCAACCCCAUCCAGUGCCCGAUCUUCCUCGCACUAGUCAGCCGGGGUAGGUCCUCCUCGCACAGGGUAGCAAAGAUGUCCAGACCCCUGACCGACCAGGAGAAGAGGAAGCAGAUCAGCAUCAGAGGGAUCGUAGGGGUGGAGAAUGUCUCUGAGCUGAAGAAGGGCUUCAAUAGGCACUUGCACUUUACUUUGGUCAAAGACAGGAAUGUCUCCACCACCAGAGACUACUACUUCGCCUUGGCACACACUGUUCGGGACCACCUGGUGGGCAGGUGGAUCAGGACCCAGCAGUACUAUUAUGAGAAGGACCCCAAGAGAACCUACUAUCUUUCCCUGGAAUUCUAUAUGGGCCGAACCCUACAGAACACGAUGAUCAAUCUGGGUCUGCAGAAUGCAUGCGAUGAGGCAAUCUAUCAGCUUGGGCUUGAUAUCGAAGAGCUAGAGGAGAUGGAAGAAGACGCUGGCCUGGGAAAUGGUGGCUUGGGGCGUCUGGCUGCUUGUUUCUUGGAUUCCAUGGCUACGCUCGGACUUGCCGCAUAUGGCUAUGGGAUCAGGUAUGAAUAUGGUAUCUUCAAUCAGAAGAUCAAAGAUGGCUGGCAGGUAGAAGAAGCGGAUGACUGGCUGCGAUAUGGAAACCCGUGGGAGAAGGCUCGUCCAGAAUACAUGCUUCCCGUUCACUUCUAUGGAAGAGUAGAGAGUAUGAAAACCGGCGUGAAAUGGGUGGAUACACAGGUUGUUCUGGCCAUGCCUUAUGACACACCAGUCCCUGGGUACAUGAACAACACCGUGAAUACCAUGCGCCUUUGGUCAGCUCGAGCGCCUAAUGACUUCAACCUGCGAGACUUUAAUGUUGGCGAUUAUAUCCAGGCUGUGUUGGACAGGAACCUGGCUGAAAACAUCUCCCGUGUCUUAUACCCUAAUGAUAACUUUUUUGAGGGCAAGGAGCUGCGUCUGAAGCAAGAGUACUUUGUGGUGGCUGCCUCCCUGCAAGACAUCAUCCGUCGCUUCAAAGCCUCAAAAUUUGGCUGCAGAGAUUCCAUCAGAACUGGAUUUGACUCUUUCCCUGACAAGGUAGCUAUCCAGUUGAAUGACACGCACCCGGCACUGGGAAUUCCUGAGCUGAUGAGAAUAUUUCUGGACAUAGAAAAACUUCCCUGGGACAAGGCCUGGGAAAUCACCAAGAAGACCUUUGCCUACACAAACCACACCGUGCUACCGGAGGCUCUGGAACGUUGGCCAGUGGACCUUUUUGAGAAGUUGCUUCCGCGCCACCUGCAGAUUAUCUAUGAGAUAAACCAGAGGCACUUAGAUAGAAUAACGGCCCUUUUCCCCGGUGACAUGGACAGGCUGCGGCGGAUGUCUUUGAUUGAAGAGGAUGGCGUGAAAAGGAUUAAUAUGGCUCAUUUGUGCAUUGUCGGGUCGCACGCAGUUAAUGGGGUGGCUAAGAUCCAUUCAGACAUUGUCCGAAAUGAAGUGUUUAAGGAUUUCAGCGAGAUUGAGCCGGAGAAAUUCCAGAACAAGACAAACGGCAUCACUCCUAGGAGAUGGCUUCUGCUAUGUAAUCCUGGUCUUGCUGAGCUUAUAGCAGAGAAAAUUGGAGAAGACUAUGUUAAGGAUCUGGGCCAGCUGAAAAACCUGAACAAAUAUGUGAACGACAGCUCUUUUAUUAGAGAUGUUUCCAAGGUCAAGGAGGAAAAUAAGAUUAAGUUCGCGCAGUACCUGGAGAAGGAAUACAAGGUGAAGAUCAACACAGCAUCCAUGUUUGAUGUGCAAGUAAAAAGAAUCCAUGAGUAUAAACGUCAGCUCCUGAACUGUCUCCAUGUGAUCACCAUGUACAACCGUAUCAAGUCGGCUCCUUCAAAAGAUUUUGUUCCAAGGACUGUUAUAAUUGGAGGAAAAGCUGCUCCAGGAUAUCACAUGGCCAAGCUGAUCAUAAAACUGAUCACGGCUGUUGGAGAAAUUGUGAAUAACGACCAUUCAGUGGGGAACAAGCUGAAGGUCAUCUACCUGGAGAACUACAGAGUGUCGCUAGCUGAAAAAGUGAUUCCAGCAACAGACCUGUCUGAACAGAUUUCCACAGCAGGCACUGAAGCGUCUGGGACAGGAAACAUGAAAUUCAUGUUGAACGGGGCCCUGACUAUCGGCACAAUGGAUGGGGCCAAUGUGGAGAUGGCAGAAGAGGCAGGAGAGGAAAACUUGUUUAUCUUUGGCAUGAGGAUAGAAGAUGUUGCAGAACUGGACAGGAAAGGAUACAAUGCUGAAGAUUAUUAUAACAAACUCCCAGAGCUGAAGACUGCCAUUGAUCAGAUACAAAGUGGCUUCUUCUCCCCCAGCAAGCCUGAUCUCUUUAAGGAUUUGGUGAACAUGCUUUUCCACCAUGACAGGUUCAAAGUCUUUGCCGAUUAUGAAGCCUAUAUAAAAUGCCAGGAGAAAGUUAGCAAUUUAUACAAGACACCGAAAGAAUGGACCAAAGUAGUCAUUAAAAACAUAGCCGCCUCAGGCAAGUUCUCCAGCGACAGAACCAUUAAGGAGUACGCCCGCGAUAUCUGGGGCGUGGAACCCUCUGACCUGAAGAUCCCACCACCCAACGAACCCAGGGAUGCCGUUGAAGAUGUGGCUGCAGCUGCUGCAAAAACGAAAGUCUAAUGUGCUUCUAAAACCGCAGAAACCUUUCAACGCAUACAAAGCAUCUACAGCACCCUAAAGUCAUUCAAUCUGAUAUAGCAGAGAGCUAAAUACUUCAGAUCUAUAGAACACCUCCUCUCUAUUGCCAGUCACAUAACCCUUUUUUACAGUUUUAUUUUGCUGAUAAAAAAAAAAAUAGCACUAACUGACCCUGCUGAAAUUGCCCCCUUUCUGCUUCUUUUGAAAAACUUUUCUAUACAUCGCUCUUAUAUCUGUCAUAUUCGGGCUAUUUGUUUUGUAACUGUUGUUCUUGAGCAAAUAAAUAGAAAGUUUACUUCCUU